CAAAGGGCAUUAGUAGCAAGCCACGUGGUUUGCAAAAGAGUCUCUUCUUCUUUAGAGCAGUUCUUUUAUCACCGUUUUCUCUGUCCCUCACUCGUGUGGCAAUGGCUGAGGUAGUCCAUAGGAACCUGGAGUCCAUGCUCCCUCAAUUGGAAGAGCUGGAGAGCUCUGGGAUAUUCACUCAUGACGAAAUUAAACAGAUUGUGAGGCGUAGACGUAACCAUGAGUACAAGCUGUUGAGGAGGCCGGCUCGUAAGGAGGACUUCCUAGCAGCUGUGCAGUACGAGAUGCAUCUGGAGCAGCUGAGACAGCACAGGAAGAAAAGAUUGGGAGUACCUACCACUAAGUAUGAUGCAGAGAAUGGCAUUCUGAACAGAAUACACUCACUGUUCAAUCGUGCCCUGAAAAAGUUCAAAGGUGACCUGAAGCUAUGGUUACAGCACAUAGAGUUCUCGAAACAGUGUGGACACAAGGUGUCUCUCAGUCGCACCUUUGGGAGAGCACUGGCCAUACAUCCCAACAACCCAGGUCUAUGGGUAAUGGCUGCCAAGUUUGAGUUUGAGGAUAUGAAGGAUAUGUCAUCUGCGAGAUCCCUCCUUCAGCAAGGACUGCGAACCAACCCCCAAUCCAAACACCUCUGGAUUGAAUACUUUAGAAUGGAGCUGCUGCACACAGACAAGGUGAAGAAGAGGCGUGCUGUGCUGGGGGUGGACAUGGCUGAGAGUGAGGAGCCUUCCUCCGACCAGUUCCUGUCCAACAAGGCCGCCUCAUUGGUCUAUCAGCAGGCAGUCACUAACAUUCAGCUUGAUGUUGAGUUCCGGCUCUCUUUCCUGCCUGUUGUUCUACUCUUUCAUGACACCAACUCUCUGCAGGAUCAAGUAUACAAAGAUGUCGAGGGGACUUUCCCCACCCACCCCCUAGUCUGGCAGGCGCUGGCCAGGAGACAAUGGGAGGGGCUAGAUAACCCACUGACAGAUGCUCAGACUGAGAAGAUGGAGAGACAAACAGAGGAGUUGUUUCAAGAGGGAAUAGCAAGGGCGGGUGAUGACCAAUCCCUGGUCAUGCAGCACUGGGACGGCUACCUCCAUUGGUGCAGAGAGAGGGUCGACAAUGCACCCAGCAGUCUUAGGAAGAAGGCUGUUCGUCGAAUGCUGACUGCAUUCAAGCAAGCCUCUCUAAAUGGCCAUCUCUCUGAGGCCAAGUAUAAGGAGUAUAUAGACACUAUGCUGACACUGGGUCUGAGUCGAGAGGCUGCAUCCAUUAGUGAGCUAGGGACAGGGGCUUACCCCUCUUCCCUCCCCCUCUGGAUUGCAAGACUCUCCAGCUGCUCGGAGAAAGUGGGGCAGUUGUGUCGACAGGCACUAGAUCAAGUUGACAAACAGCACACCUUACCAAUAUGGGAGUUCUGGGUCAACCAUGCACUUGAGAAUGAGAUAAAAGAAAAAGAAAUUGAGUCGUUAUUCAAGGGGGGUGUGGCCAGUGGUGUGGCUGCUGUGUACGAGGCUAUGAGUGUACGCUAUUUGGAAUGGUCAUAUAGUGUGGGAGGAGUCAAGAAAACAAGGAACGCGUACAAGAGUCUACUAUCUGAGAGGCAGCCUGUCCCCCACUGUCUGUACGAGCGCUGCAUCCAUCUUGAGAGGAGGGGUUUGCUGGAGAGGUCAGACGGACAGAGUCUCAAACAUUUGCGGGAGCUUUAUCAAAGGGCGUUAGCCGAUUAUGGAUCCUCUCACCCAGGUCUGUGGCUUGGCUAUAUAGAGAUGGAGCUGCGCUUCCCCGGAGGCCUAGUAGAGAAUGUCGGCCAGCUGCAUUGGAAGGCUAUCAAGGAACUGAAACCCGAACUCACGUCUGAUUUUAUUAGCCGAUACUCACUCAUGCAUAGCGAAUCAGCUGUAGUUACUUAAUAUCAAUAUCACAUUAUUCUGUACGAUUUAUGAUUUUACAUUUAUAAUGAUUACAGUUA